UUUUUUUUUUUUCUCUCUCUCUCUUCUAUCAUUAUUAUAACAUCUAGACAGAAAAUGAACGCUACAAAUACACUUGUUGUUGACAAUGGUACAGGUUUUGUCAAAUGUGGUUAUGCAGGUUCCAACUUUCCCGAACAUGUCUUUCCCAGUGUUGUAGGUCGUCCCAUCUUACGUGCUGAGGAGCGAGUAGGUGACCUUCAAGUCAAAGACAUUAUGAUUGGUGAUGAAGCUGCUCAACUCCGUAAUAUUCUUCAAAUGUCUUAUCCCAUGGAAAAUGGUAUCAUUCGCAACUGGGAAGAUAUGCGUCACUUGUGGAACUACACAUUUGAUGAAAUGCUCAAGAUCAAUCCCCGAGACAGCAAGAUUCUCUUGACAGAAGCUCCUAUGAACCCUAAAAAGAACCGUGAAAAGAUGGCUGAAAUCAUGUUUGAAGAAUAUGGGUUCCAAGGUAUUUACGUGGCUAUUCAGGCUGUCUUGACAUUGUUUGCUCAGGGUCUUAUGUCGGGUGUGGUGGUUGACUCUGGUGAUGGCGUGACUCAUAUUGUGCCUGUGUAUCAAGGUUAUGCACCUGCUAACCUGACACGUCGUCUUGAUGUUGCUGGUCGUCAUGUGACUCGAUACCUUAUCAAGUUGUUGCUUUUGCGUGGUUAUGCAUUUAAUCGUACUGCUGAUUUUGAAACAGUGCGUCAAAUCAAAGAAAAGUUUUGUUAUGUCAGUUAUGAUCUUGAAAUGGAUCAAAAGUUAGGCAAUGAGACAACCACACUUGUUGAAAGUUAUGAACUUCCUGAUGGUCGUGUUAUUAAGGUUGGAUCUGAACGUUUUGAAGCCCCUGAAUGUCUUUUCCAACCCAACUUGAUUGAUGUGGAAGCACCUGGUAUGGCUGAAAUGCUGUUUAAUACUAUCCAGGCUGCUGAUAUUGAUAUUCGUGCUGAUCUCUAUAAGCACAUUGUACUCUCGGGUGGUUCUACCAUGUAUCCUGGUUUACCUAGUCGUCUAGAGAAAGAAAUGAAGCAACUCUAUCUUACGAACGUAUUGAAUGGUGAUGCCAGUCGAUUGAAUAAAUUUAAGAUUCGUAUUGAAGACCCUCCUAGACGUAAGCAUAUGGUCUAUCUUGGUGGUGCUGUCCUUGCUGAUAUCAUGAAGGAUAAAGACAGUUGGUGGGUUACUAAACAAGAAUGGGAAGAAAUGGGUCCUCGUUCAUUAGAAAAGAUGGGUGUAUUAGGUUCUACUGCCUAAUACACUAUUAUUAUUAUUAUUAUUAUUAUUAUUAUUAUUAUCAUUAUCAUUAUCAUUAUUAUUAAAACGUAUAGUCAUCCGAA